GGAGUUUGAGCGCAUGGACGGAUAUGGUGUGCAUCUUGCCGCCGGAUUGAUCAAGCUCUGGUACAGAGAGCUCCGAGAGCCUCUCUUUCCCAGCUCCUCAUAUCUGGAACUGAAGAGAAUUUUCGGUAAUGAUGAAGAGUCGAUAGACCAGGUCCAUUUGAUUGAAUUACUAUCGAGUAAUUCACAAUGGUCAAUAUUGCCGGAGAAGUCUCGUCAGAUUUUGAUCCGACACUUGAUCCCAUUGCUCUCAAGGACAGCGGCUUUUCAGGAUCACAAUCAGAUGAGCCCGCGCAAUCUUGCCAUUUGUUUCAGUGCAACAUUGCUACGUGGGACUGAUCCAAUCGAAGAUGCGCGGAUGAACCGUGUGAUUCAGCGUUUAGUCGAGGCUGCUGUUUUGCAAUGGGACAAUGGGCUCAGAGAGGCUUGCGGAGUGCGCGCUAACGAAUUCACCGAGGCGUUGCAGACACCUUCCGACGAUUACGACUACGAAGACCCAGCUGAAGAAGACGAAGAUGACCUUAAACCAGUGGAAGACAGGGACUUUCCAAAAGAUGAACAAUUAGAGGGUAUCCUUCUUCGCGAUAAUGAUGUUGCCGAGGAAGAAGAAGGCCCACGGCCACCUUUGCCUCCUCGUCCAAAUCAAGUUUCUCUCCAAAAUCAAACGGAAGCCCGCACCUCAUCAAUCCGUUCCUCCACAGCAAUCAACCGUGACCGAUCCACGCAGUAGCCUCGGGCCUGAGUGGCU